CCCCGCCCAACAAUCCUACUCAUUCUCCUCAAACCAUGGCACUCAACACGACCAACCCAGAGCCCACCCACCUCACCACUCUCCUCUCGCGCAAACUCGCCGACAUCCCACAACACCACCUCCCCUCCCUCACCACAUCCGACAUCCUACACCAAACAUCACUCGCCCUCCACCUCCCCAACAUCCCGCUCGACAUUCAACUCCCCUUCUUCCUCCGCAACCGCACGCACAUAACCCGCACCCCACUCAAGAGCGCAAAGCAUCAGCAUCCAGAUAUCACGCGAGCGAUAUUCUUCUACCGCCUGUGCCCCACACACCAGUUCCAACGCUACCACGACGCCACUCGUUGGAAUAUCGCUCUCUUCGUCGCCCUGCUCAGUCUCUCCUGUCCUCAUAAUUGUCCUCAAAAAGUGGGAUUGAAGUGGGAUGUGUACAUUCCGCCCCCCGCCCGCACAUUCAUGAUAUCCUACCUCGCGGCUGUCUUGGAACACCAUAACACGCCCACCGUGUUCCCCGCGCGUGAAGAGUUCAUCGAACUAUGGAAGACGAGUAGGUACGAUAUGUUUGAGAUCCAGACCGCAGGGCAGAAAAAAGCGCUUAAGAACGCUUGCCGGCAGUUGACGGGGGCGUGGGAGGUGGAACUAGACACUACGAGGAGGGAGAUGGAAAAACAUACGUAUAUGAAGCGUGUGGCGCCGUUUGUGGGGUGCUUGGUGCCGGGGCGGAGGGAUCAGGAGGUGGGGGUGGAGGUUGAGCGCGGGGGAGAUGUUGGGGGGAUAGGUGGAGUUGUGGAGGCGGAGGGGAACGAGCUUUUGGAGGCGUUGCUGGUGCCGUUUUGUGAACGGGAGGAAAGCUGCUGUGAUGGGGAUGGAGUGACGGUGACGGGUUUGGGGUUUGCGAUGAGUGCUGUUAUGGAUGCGCGGCCAAGGGAUAUGCUGACGGUGCUUAUGAGGUUGUUUCCGCUGGACUGA